AUGGCUAAUCUUUGUAGCCAGAACACCUUAAAUUGUCUUAACAAUGGACAGUGUGGUGUAAAUAUUACUUCGAAUACGACUUAUUGUGAAUGUGCUUCCUGCUAUGAAGGAUCUGUUUGCGAACACACUAUUCCAAGCCAGUCACAGAUUGAUACAACUUACGUCUACUUAAUCGUCUCUAUAGUUGCACUAUUUGUCUCACUUUUGAAUAACAUUCUCGGUCUCGAACUAUUCAUCGGCUGCGGUCGAGUUCGUCGUACGAACUGUGGCAUUUAUUUAAUCGUUUAUUCUAUUGUAUCAAUUCUGUCAAGUAUUUCAUUUGUAGUUAAUCAAAGUCUUGAGUAUUAUCAAGAUAAAAGACCAAACAGCAAUCUGAGCAAUUUUUUUGGCUACGGUUGUUACUUCGGUAAAAUAGGUUACAAUGCACUUGUCUAUGCAUGUAUAUGGCUUAAUGCGUGUAUUGCAUUCGAACGUGGUUUAAUCGUAUGUUUGGAUAGUAAAACAAAUGCGACUCGGUGGCGAUCGGUUUGCACCAUUACAGUUCUCUCAGCCAUAGCUGGUGGUUCUGCUAUACCAAUGAUGGUGUACAAUUGUGACUUUGGUAAUAUACCGGGUUUACAGACUGCGCGUGUAUUUUUUGGUUGGUUUAGCGGUGUCGCCGGCCUAUCAACAUAUGUAUUCGGAACCUUGUUAAUUUUAAUUAGUUUUACACGCCGUAUACGUCGAUACGGAACGGAGAAUGGAUCGUUCAUAAAAACAUAUCUUAAACUAUUUUACAGUCAUUUAUUCAUUUUUAUACCACCGAUUGCAUAUGCCGUCGGCUAUAUUCCUUAUACUAUUGUCACCAACACGCAGAAUACUAGCCAAUUGUAUUUUGAAUGUGGUAUUUCAAUGGUAGAAUUCAUUGUGAAGGUCUUGAUAGAAUCACUACAGGGGGUACCACCUGUUUUAACAUGGUUACUCUUUAUUUACCCAUCGAAAGUAUAUAUGACUGAAUAUUAUCUGAACACAUGGUCAGGACAACGUUUGGCCAGAAUUGUUAUAUUCUUCCGAGAAAAUCAUGAGAAAAAGCACAAUGUUUGCCCUACUACUAUGAACCUCAUAAAUGAUGAACGAUCGAGAUUGAACCGGUCUAGAUUCAUGACGACUGGGACAGACCUACUUAGGUCAGCCCGAAGAGAACUGACUCAUAUACCGGUUCGACCGGUCUACUGA